AUUUAUUACAUGAUUUUAAUUUUCCGGGUCCAUCACAUGCACACACAUGUUUGUGUAACAUAUUAUUAAUAAUCCACUAUAAAUUGAUGAUCAUAACUCCAGUUACUCCACACCUAAAUACUUUCUUGAUCAUAACUUUAUCCAAAAAAAAUGGAUGGUGAUACAAGUAAUAUAAAGUCUUUAAAAUUUCAAAUGAUUGUAAAACUUUGUUUAGGAUGUAAAUUUAAAUCAAAUUUCUUUGAUUGGUGUGACGCAUGUAAAUUAAAACACUUUAAAUUAAAUUAUGAUAAAUCCCCAAGUGGAAAUAAUGAAAUUGACAAUAGACUUAAAUAUUACUAUUCCAAAAGUGGAUUAUCAGAAGAAUUUAUUGAAUGGAUAUCUUAUGAAGAAUUCAAAGAUAUUACACAUAAUGUAGUCAAUAAAGAAACUUAUAGUGCUUUGUGGUCAAAAGGUUGUAUUUGUGAUUGGAAUAAAGAUAAAUUUAACUGGAAUCGAAAAAUUAAAAAAGUAGCAUUGGUGAAUUUUGAGUAUAACAUCAUUGAUUUUUAUAGGGUAUUAAAAGAAAAAGAACAAUAUAAACUUUAUGGAAUAUCUAAGGAUCCAACAUCACAUAGUUAUAUAUUGGUAUUUGAUGAUGAAGUCUAUAAUCAAAACUUAUGUGUAAAAUGUCAAAUUUUAUCCAAUUUUUUUUAUUGGUGUAAGAGUUGUAAACUGAAUCAUUUUCAAUUAAAUUAUGGUGAAUUUCCAAGUGGAAAUGAUGAAAUUGACAAUAUUCUUAAAGAUCAUUAUUAUGAUAGUAUAUCUCCAAAAGAAUUAAUUGAAUGGAUACCUUUCAAUGAAUUCAGAGAAAUUGUACUUACUGCAGAUAAUAAAGAAAUUUAUAAUGCUUUAUGGUCAAAAGGUUGUAUUUAUGAUUGGGAUGAAGAUAAACUUAGCUGGAUUCGAGAAGUUAAAAAAGUAACAUUAGUGAAUUUUAAGUGUAGUAUCAAUGAUUUUAAUAUUAUGGUAUUAAAAGAAAAACUUUAUGGAAUAUCUAAGGAUCCAACAUCACAUAGUUAUAUAUUGGUAUUGGAUGAUGAAGGCUAUAAUCAAAACUUAUGUAUAAAUUGUCAAAUAUUGUCCAGUUUUUUUGACUGGUGUAAGAGUUGUAAACUGAAUCAUUUUCAAUUAAAUUAUGGAGAAUUUCCUAGUAAAAAUAAUGAUAUUGAUAAUUUUCUUAAAAAUAAUUAUUGUGAAAGUAGAUUAUCAGAAGAAUUUAUUGAAUGGAUACCUUAUAAUGAAUUUGAAGAUAUUAAAUAUACUCGUAGUGAAAUAUUUAAUGCAGUAUGGUUAAAAGGUUGUAUUUGUGAUUGGGAUAAAGAUAAAUUUAGUUGGAAUCGAAAAAUUAGAAAAGUAAUAGCGGUAAAAUUUAAAUGUGGCUUUGAUACUACUAUAAAGGCAUUAGUAGAAAAAGAAGGUUUCAAAAUUUAUGGAAUAUCUAAAGACUCAGCAUCGCCUAACUAUAUUUUAGUAUUGGACCAAAUCUUAUGUAUAAAAUGUCAAGGUCAUGGUUAUUUUGACUGGUGUAAAAGAUGUAAAUUGAUUAAAUUUCAAUUAAGUUAUGGAGAAUAUCCCAGUGGAAAUAAUGAUAUUGAUAAUUUUCUUAAAGAAAAUUGUUGUGAAAGUAAAUUCGAUAACGAACUUAUUGAAUGGAUAUCUUAUAUUGAACUUGAAGAUAUCACAUAUAUUACUAUUAGAGAAGAUUCUUCAAUAAAAUAUUAUACUGCUGAGCGUAAUAGGAUGGUAUUGACACUAAUGGAGUUUGAAAAUUUAAAUGAUUUACUUAAUUAUAAAAAUAAAAUGCAAAUAAAUAUGAAGAAAGAACGUCCAGAACCUUUUAAAUCCUAUAUAAUUCAUGGAAUAUCUAAAAAUCCUAUAUCACUUAAUUAUAUAUUAGUAUUUGAAUAUUCACAAGACUUUUUGAACUUUUUAAAUGAACCAAAAGAUUAUCAGAUUAUUGGUAUUUCUAAAGAUGAAAAAUAUAAAUAUAAUUUGGUAACUUAUUUGAAAAAUUUUUCUCAUUUUUUGUGUUCUGAUUGUAAACCUAGAAAAGCUUUAUUUUUCAAUUGGUGUGAUGAUUGUAAAAUAGAACACUUUAGUCAUAAUUAUAGUGAUCUUCCAAGUAAAAAUAAUGAUAUUAACAUUAUUCUUAAAGAUAAUUAUUGUAAAAGUGAUAAAAUAAGUGAAUUUAUUGAGUGGAUACCUUAUAAUUUAUUUAUUGAUAUUACAUAUAUUAAUCAAGGAGGGUUUUCAGAAGUAUACAGUGCUUUAUGGCUAAACAAUAAUAUAUAUGAAUGGGAUCAUAUAAAAUUAGAAUGGAAACGUCGUAAUGGAUAUAAAAGUGUAGCAUUAAAAGUUCUUAAAAGUUCUUGUUAUAAUAUUUCAGGAUUCUUACAAGAAGUACAAUCAUAUUGUAAAAUAGGAUUUUCUCAUAAAAUCACUAAACUUUAUGGUAUAUCAAAAGAUCCAGAUACACAAAAUUAUAUACUAGUAUUAGAAUAUGCAAGUCACGGAAGUUUGCGAAAAUUUUUAGAUAAAUAUAACAAAUAUUUGAUUACAACAUAUAAAAUCCAAAUAUUAAAAAAUAUUGCUGAAGGACUUAAAGAAAUUCAUUCAAAAAAUAUAAUUCAUCAAGAUAUUCAUUCCGAAAAUAUAUUAACUAAAGACUUUGAUAGAGUUAAAAUAACUGAUCUUGGAUCAAGUAAAUUUGUCAAUCAAGUAAAUGAUAAAGAAAAGGAAAAAAAGGUUUAUGGAAUUUUACCUUAUAUUGCCCCAGAAGUAUUGCGAGGACAGCAAUAUACCCAAAAAGCAGAUAUUUAUGCGUUUGGAAUUAUUAUUAAUGAAGUAUUCACUGGAGAAAGACCUUUUCAUGAUGUAAAUAAUGAUAAAUUAAAGCUUAUGAUGGAUAUCUGUAAAAAUGGGAUGAGACCAAAAAUUAGUAAAAAUACACCAAAAUCUUUAGUUCAUUUAUUAAAUAAAUGUUGGGAUGAAACACCUUUAAAUCGACCAACAGCAAAUGAAAUAAUUCAAAAAUUAAUUCAUUUUGAAACUGAUGACAUUAUUUUUGAAGAAUUAAGAAAUUACAACAAUGGAAUACUAAAACAAUAUUCUGAAUCAACUAGUAAAUUAGGCCAUUUAAAAACAUUAUAUAACAGCGAAUUACAUAUAACAAAAGCAAUAGAAUUUACAGAACUUUUGGACUGUUGUAUUGAAGAAUCUGAUAGUGUUUCAACAAAGUAA